AUGGAGUUUAAGAAUGGAAAUAGCCAACUUUUGUCCAAGCUAGCAACCAGUGAUCAGCAUGGAGAAAAUUCUCCUUAUUUUGAUGGAUGGAAAGCAUAUGAUAAUGAUCCUUUUCAUCCUACUCAAAAUCCUAAUGGUGUUAUCCAAAUGGGCCUCGCUGAAAAUCAGCUUUCUUUCGACUUGAUUGAGAAAUGGAUUAUGAAAAAUCCACUAGCAUCAAUCUGUACUCGUGAAGGAGUCAAGGCGUUCAAGGACAUUGCCAUCUUUCAAGAUUAUCAUGGCUUGCCGGAAUUCAGAAAUGCUGUGGCGAAGUUUAUGGGAAAGGUGAGAGGCAAUAGAGUUACUUUUGAUCCCGACCGCAUAGUGAUGGCCGGUGGAGCCACCGGAGCAAAUGAGCUGAUAAUGUUCUGUUUGGCUGAUCGUGGGGAUGCAUUUUUAGUCCCUUCUCCUUAUUAUCCAGCGUGA